GAGAGGGACCAGAGGAACCAAAAAAAGAGUGAGAGUUUCAGUACCAAAUAAUCCUUACACAAAAAGAGAUGAGGUUUUCUUCAUCAAGACCCGUUUCGAGUCCGGGUCGAACCGAGAACCCGCCUCUACUCAUGCGGUUCUUGCGGACCAAAAGCAGAAGCAGAAGCCGUUCUCGUUCAAGAAGACCUAUCUUCUUCCGUCGGAAAAACGCUGCGGCUGCGGCGGAGACACAACAAGAACCAACUUCACCUAAAGUAACUUGCAUGGGUCAAGUAAGGAUACACCGAUCAAAGAAACCCAAACCCGGAACUGCUCGAGUCUCCGGAGGUGCAACGGAAAGCCGUCGCUGGAGUCGUCGGUGUGGGUGGGUUAAGAACGCUUUUUCCUGUCAUUCUUUCACCGGAAAAAUUAAACCGACUUGCUUUAGCCCUGUGUGGCGUAAAUGGAAAUCAUUUUCUCAUGCUAGUUUCUCGAGAAAAUCAGAGAAGAGAUCAAGCUCGUCUAGAAGUGAACCUAUCUUUGGCCGCUCCACAGUGGAGCCAGAGGAACCAGAAGAGACUCGAAAAGAAGAAAACCAAGAAGAAGAAGAAGAAGAAGCAAGUUCAUGUAAAUCUUUCACAGCUACACCACCGAGAAACGCUUUUUUACUAACUCGAUGUAGAUCUGCACCGUAUAGAUCUCCGUCAUUAGCUAAUAGUUUCUUUGAAGAUCAAGAAGAGAUAAAGGAAACUCCUUUCCGACGACACGCUUCGUCGGAAAAUGUAUCAGUUUCGGAAGAACCGAAGACGAGCGUUACAGAAACAAUAGAUGAUUCAAGAAGAGAAUCAGCGGCGAGUGAAGAACCAAAACGAAGCGUUUUGGGAUCACCACGACAGUGUCUGGUACUCACGCGCUGUAACUCGGAGCCAGCGAGAAUCGGAGAGAAACUCGUCCCCGAUAUGGGUUAUCGACAGAACCCAAGUAGUAAACACCGGAAAACUCAAAACGACGGCGGAGAAAGAACAAUUCCGAUCAAUCCAGUUCAAACCCAUGUCGUUAAUCAAGUCCCUGAGCAUCGUAAACAUCAAAUCCUAACACCCAAACCCAUGAAACAAGCAAUCCUUCAACAGAUUUCAACGCCGUCUUCAAACCCAAUCUCAGUUCGAGAUCCAUAUACGAUUUUAGGUCUAUUGUCAAUGUUUGGUAGUCGACAGCAUGGAGCAGGAGUUGAUGUCUGGGCUGCAGGUUGUAUCUUUGCUGAGCUAUUACUUCGUAGACCAUUUCUUCCGGGUUCUACUGAAAUUGAUCAACUUGGGAAGAUCUUUGUCUUGAUCAAAGAGAGAGAUCGUCUUGUCCAAAUUGAUCUUGCGUUAAUUUCUAAGCACAAUAUGGCGGCAGAAGAUAGCCGUGAAGCUCAACGAGGCGACGAACAUGAGGAAUCGAGUCCUCUCUUGCAGGGAAAAGAGAACGACGGCAAGAUCUGCUCGAAAGGAGAUGCCAAGGCGGCGUCGCUUGUGCCUCCUCCCGCGGUGGAGGAAUACGGUUGGACGGCGGAUGGAUUGCCGGUGAGUCAGGGGAGCGUGAUUGGCGAGCCGAUCAGGAGAAACCAGUGGAAUUCGGGUCUCUUUACCUGUUUAGGCCGCAAUGAUGAAUUUUGCAGCAGCGAUCUCGAAGUUUGUCUUCUUGGAAGUGUGGCUCCAUGUGUGUUGUAUGGAACUAAUGCAGAGAGACUUGGGUCUGCUCCGGGAACAUUUUCAAACCAUUGCUUGACGUAUUUGGGAUUGUACUUUGUUGGUAAUUCUUUGUUUGGCUGGAACUGCCUUGCUCCAUGGUUCUCUUAUUCUAGCCGUUCUGCUAUUCGCCGCAAGUUUAACCUUGAGGGAAGCUUUGAGGCUAUGAACAGAUCGUGUGGUUGCUGCGGUAGCUGCAUAGAGGACGAGAUGCAAAGGGAACACUUGGAGACAACUUGUGACUUUGUGACACAUGUCCUUUGCCAUACAUGUGCCCUUUGCCAAGAAGGACGUGAGCUCCGCAGGAAGGUUCUCCACCCGGGUUUCAAUGCUCAGUCCACCGUGGUCAUGAUGCCACCUAGAGAGCAAACCAUGGGUCGUAAAUGAAGCUUGCUUUGAGUUGAGUGGUAUAAGUAGCACUUGUAUUAUUGUAUACACGUUGGUAAAACAAGUGUCUUGUGUGGAACUUGAACCUUUAUAUUGUCUUUUGCUUACUUUUUUUUGGAAUAAAACCUUCUAUGGAUG